GAGCCUGCAAAAAUGUUGCCAAUUUUCCUUGCGUGGGUCGAGUCGAGCGAUUUUCUGUCGCUAGUGUACGCGGACUGAAACUGACGUGAGCAGGUGACUCGAGUCUGCAGGCACAAGUUGGAAUUGUUUGGAUUGGGGGAUGCCAGGGUGGCUGGCGUUGGUGAAAUAGUUACUCAAUCUACCGUCAUAGAUACAUUUAUAAUAUCUUCCCCCACACCCAGUUAGUUUCAUUUCUUAAAAUUAGCUGGUUAAUUCAAAGGUUGUUUGCAAAGGUUCGCGUUGCAUAAAUUCUGUGCUUUGAGUACUUUUUUGAAAUGACGUUUUAUCUUAAAAAAUAUGACCUGAAAUUUAAUUAGUAAAUCCGGGUAGCUUCGCAUUUAACACUUUGUCCUGAGUUUGAUUGACCCUCUAAAUUGGCCCUUGCGAAUUUACUUCAACUGAACCCGUGUAAGUAAGUCACUGAGCGGAAAGUCCCGGCAUGUUUACGGGAUUUAAAAGGGCCUUGUGCCAUUUUCUGACGGCAGCAGGAAGUAGUCGUGGAAUAUCACAAAGCAUUUGUUUUCUAUAUGUGGGGAAUUUGCGGUUAUUUCUGCAUUGAGCAGCUUGCAAAGUAUUGGGGAAAGGGGGUGGAGGAGGCGGGGAACGGAGGACGGAGAGCCUAGAUUGUUUUGUGCACAGAAGAUGUGCAAUUGUCAGACCGCCCUCCCCCGCGAGAAUGUGCAACAAUGUUCGCUCAGCCCUCGAUGAGGUAAACUCUAUGACUCAGCCUGCCAAAUGCAAGCUCACCACAGCAUUGCGAUGGUAAGAGCGGAUGCAGCGCAGCAGCGAGUUGUUGGGGACGUGCUGCAUUUCCAAACUAUUUUUUCAGCCUUGAGGGAAGAUUGCUAUCUGCUACAUGCUUUUGGGACGAGAACACUGCACAGGUAUCAUCGUCCAUAAAACCCCCAUACCUUCAUAGAUUCCUGGAGGGAACAAAAAGUUAAAAAAAUGCAUUGAUGCUUGAGCAGCAGCCUGUCUGGAUAUUUUUGGUUGGCAAAUUUCCUUCGGAGUCUGCACGUGAAAAGUGAGGGAGAAAAUUACCCACGUGGACUGCGCACAACUGCAGACGUUAACUUGGUACUGUGGACAUUUGCUAUCUUGGGUGCGAGCAGACAUCCAUGAUUCAUUGUUGGCUUUCAAACAUCUUAUUUUUAGAGUGGAGAAACCAAGCUUGCAAGGAACAACGCUCUUAAAACGGAGAGGGAUCAAGAGUUCGCAACUAUAGCCUUAAAUGCCACUCUAAUGAUGAGUGUACCUGCCCCUGGCAAGAACUCAACGAAGCGGAGAGGGAAGCAGAUUUCAUUCUUUGCUGAAAGUACCAGAACUGUUCGACCAAACCCAGCUCGCCAGAGGAAGAACGGAAUGCUGCACAGUGAAGUGAAUGUCUCCGAGGGCCUGGCUGAAGCCCAGCAACUGCCCAAGGCCACAGUUCCUGUCACCGGGGUGCAUUGCCACCCUGUGGCUGCUGCGGAAGUGGAAAUGGAUCAAGAGAAUCUGACCAAAGGUGGCACUGUCCCACCAAACUGGGCUGCCUCCAUUCUGAUUGAUCGCUUGCCCACCAAAGGUGAGCUGAACUGGCAGCCAGCUAACCAGGGCGUCUCCUGGAGUCAAAAUGAAGCCCCUUUCUGUGCCAGUAGCAGGGCUGCAAGCAAUGUUCCAAGAUCCUUCCUAAACACCCUGGCACAGCAAGAGAGCACAACCCAUCUGCCACAGGAAUGCCUCCAAAGGCACCAGGAGAACAAAGACAGUGGGUCUCAGCUUGACUUGUUUGGGGAUGCAAUAAAACAGAUGGAUGAGAAAGCCCAAUUAGCAAAGAAGCUGGCCAAGCAAUCGGUUCACUCAUUAAGUGAGCUACAGAAACCACAACUACAGAACCCCCUACAACACCAAUCCCAGCAGAACCUCCUACAGCAUCAACACCAAUCCCAGCAGAACACCCAGCAAAAUCCACUGCAGCACCAACACAAAUCCCAGCAGAACCCCCUGCAGCAUCAACACCAAUCCCAGCAGAACCCCCAGCAAAAUCAACUGCAGCAUCAACACCAUUCCCAGCAGAAUCCACUGCAACACCAACACCAAUCCCAGCAAAACCUGCUGCAACACCAAUCCCAACAGAACCCACUUCAUUACCAACACCAGUCCCAGCAGAACCCACUUGUGCAUCAACAACAGUCCCAGCAGAACCCACUGCUGCAUCAACACCAGACAAACAAACUGCAUAUCCGAUCGCAGCUUUCAGCGCAGCAUGAGCUCCAACAGAUCCGACUGCAGCAUCAACACCAGGAGAAUCAAAGGCAGUACCAGCAGAAUCAUGCUCAACACCAGCAGGCUCAACUGUUGCAUCACCAGGAGCAUCAACAGCAACAAACGGGUCAUGAAACGUUGAUUCAGCAUCAAUACUUCCCGUUUCCAUAUGGACAAUGUCAGAAGCAGGACCUGCCCCCAAACUCAGUAUUACACCUGUUCCACCCAUCUCGCCAGCCACCACUUCCUCAUUAUAGCCAUACAACACAAGCCACAUGUCAACAACACCUUUUCCAACAGUUCUUCCCUCACCAACAGCCACCCCAAUCACUCGGUCUCCACAGGAUUCAGACAAGUCAGGGGCCAGAAGAAUCCACGCAUCUGAUAGUUUCAGCACCAUCUCAGUUACAGCAAUCAUCUGAUGUACAGAUCAGCAAAGGAAUCCAGAGGUCCACAGGUGAUCACAAUCAGGAACUUCCUCUACGUCAUAUAGGGAGCGAAUUUCAAGCACCCUUAGCAAAGCAGAUUCGAUGUACCAUCAAGGAAAGGAAGGUGAAACCCUGCCAAUAUGAGAUGCAGAGACUUGAAAAUGAGUCUGGCACCAUGGAAAGUACCUACCAGCAUUUGUCACUUGCAUAUGGGCCAGAGCUCCAAAAAUUGCUAAACAUGCCAAAGUAUCAUGGUGCACUGAACGAACACAAGCUGUUUGAGGUGGAUUUGCCUCAAUCCAAGAGCAUUGAAGCACAUGCUCAGAUUAAUGAGGACACCAGGAGUCAGAGAGAACAUGAGAAAAGCCAGGUGAAUCAAAACAGUAGAAAGUGUGCUCAGGAAACUUCAUCGGACGUUGACGAGGCAGCUGACAGUAUUACACAAAGCACAAGAAAAGGAGGGACAAUUUCUAGCGAGACCAAUGGGCUCCGAUCACAACAGUGCCUGCUCAUUCAAAACUCCCCCACUGAGGCUCAGGUGAAUAACGGUAAGGAAGAAAAGAAGAGGAUGUCGGAGCAAUCGAGGGUUGAGAGUGCCCUGUCAGAAGCGGCCUCUCCAGGGGACCGACAUGAUGACAGCUGCCUGGUACCACUGGUAAUACCCGUGUCGGUGCCAGUCAGAAGCACCAAUCAGAAAGGAGAUGGGGAAUCGCAGAAGAAUCUAUCCAGUGAGAGGGAUUUGUCCGAGUCGAAAUCCACUCCAUUGACCACCCGCAAGCGCAGAUUGAGUCGAGGUUCUGGAGGUGGACCCUCCAUACAGGAAGUUGAACGCGCCAGAGGUCAGCUGAACUUGGCGGCCAAAUUGAAACGACGCCCCAGGCCGGAGCCCCUCUUCAUUCCGCCCAAACCCCUCAACCAUGUCUCGGUCAUUGCUUACCCUUCUGGUGCCCUCUAUCAGAGCAACCUUCGAUCGCCCAUCAGACUGCCUGAGCACUCCGUGGACAGGAACUUCCAACCACCGCCCUACACUCCCCCGCCCAUUCUCAGCCCCAUGCGGGAGGGCUCGGGACUUUACUUCAACGCCAUCUUGUCAGCUACAACCAAUUCGUCCCAACCGGUCACCCCAAAGUCGACGCCUAAAUUCUGUUUAAGCCGAUCAAACAGUGCUGAUACCCCUCCUCCAUUCCUGCCCCUCAUGAAUGAAGUCACUCCUGCAAGCAUUGAACCGCGAAUCAACAUUGGCACCCAGUUCCAGGCAGAAAUACCUCAGCUCCGUGACAAGUCCCUGGCUGCGUUGGAUGUCAACCAUGCCGAUCUGGUAUUCAAGCCCUGGGAAAGUCCUAAAAGCUAUCGGCUUAACCAACAAAUAAUGGAGGACCUGAUGACUGUGGCCUGCUCCGAUAUUUUACCAGGUGGAGGUACUAACCAGGAGCUCGUCUUACACUGUCUGCAUGAGGCCAAGGGAAAUAUAUUGGCAGCCCUGAACAUGCUGCUGAUUAAGAGGAAUCCACGGGGCAGGAACAAGGCGCUGAUCAAUUAUCACUAUGCAGGCUCAGAUAAGUGGACGUCUCGAGAGAAGGUGAUGUUUAAUAAAGGGCUGGCAGCGCACAAAAAGGAUUUCUUCCUUGUUCAGAAGCUGGUGAAAACAAAGACAGUUGCCCAGUGUGUGGAAUUUUACUAUACAUACAAAAGGCAGGUCAAAAUUGGCAAGAAUGGAACGUUGAUAUUUGGUGACACUUCCACCGCUGACAGUAAGAUUGUGGCUGAGCCAAGCACAGUUGACAGAAAGGAUUCACUCCGUCGUAAAACCCGCACCCCUCUUGCACCAACUUCUAAGAAUGAGUUGUCCGAGGAGGUGAAAGAGGAGGUUAAAGAGGAUGCAGACGAAGAUGAGGAAGAGGAAGAGGAAGCUGAGGACGAGGAGGAAGAAGAAGAAGAAGAAGAAGAAGAAGAAAAGGAGGAAUACAAACCUGAUCACAAGAAAUUGAUCGUGACUCAGCAGGCCCAGGAUGUUCACCUGCGGAAGAAUCACGACCCCACGUAUCGAUGCAACUACAGACCGCGACCUCGACCGCGACCUCCAGCGACUGUGGCUGCUUCACGUACAUCGUCUAGGAACGAGCAUGCGCAGUUGGGUGACUCAACCAAGCUUGGCAAGCAAGCUCAAGAAAAUAUCUUCCCUUGCAAGAAGUGUGGGAAGGUAUUCUACAAAGUGAAGAGUCGAAGUGCACACAUGAAAAGCCACAGUGUCCAGGAAAAGAAGCAGAGGGAGUUAGAGUUAAAACAACGAUGUCUAGAUGAAAAAGAGCUGCCAAAGGAGCACGAGGGGUGCAACGAUUAUUCCUCAUAUUGCCGGGACAUUUAAUUUAUGCAAUGGUGAUAAAGCAAAGUAUUUCAAUUUGACCUUCAAACAGCUGUGGAACCUGAGACAUGAUCUAUGGUCUUAUCUGGAUACGUCGUUGAAUGUCAGCAUGGGUGCACUGGACACCAUCCCUCUGGGUAAUUCAAACUCAAUUUUGUGUCUCUCUUGUUCCUGCCUGCAGACUCGUAAAUGGAAGGUAGAGACUGCAUUUUGUCACCAUAGCCAAUUUGCUCAAACACGUUGGUCUGAAACGACAAUCGACAACUGAGGCCAGAAUGUUGGAACAAUGUAAAAUGUCAUAAUUCUCUAAUUCUGUCUAGCUGAUGGAGCAAAACCUAUCACUUAGUUUUCUUUUUAAAACAGUUGCCCAACAUAUUUCUCGCUGAGAUUCAAAACAUGCUUGGAUGCCGUGAAAGUGUUGUACAUCAAUUGUGUAGGUUGCUAAAUAUUGUAUCACACAGCAGAAUUUAAAACAUUCAGUAUAAAAUAAUUACAAUAUUCUGGUUUUGCAUCACACCAGGCAGAAUGAAGUUGCAUGUUGGCACAGUUAGAAUUGUAAAGCACAAACAUUUGGCUAGUUUAUAACUUCAUUUAUGCAGUUCGACUAAUUAGAAUUAAUGUUCCCAGUAAAUGUUCAUGUCAAACCGCAUCUUGAAAUUGAGAGCUGCCUUACUGCUCAGUAAGAUGGUUAUCAAUCUUACUCGUGUGAAACACAUUGGGACCUUCCUGUCAUUAUAAUUUAUCCCAAUUCUUUGGUUAAAUAACUUCCAUUAUAUCUAAACACAGCACAUUCCAAAUCAACACUCCAGUGCCCUUCAUGUGAAUACUGGGAGCACCUUUGUGAGACACCACAUCCUAAAUGUUGAAAAGUGCUGUCUGCUUCAGAAACUAGUUACAUUAUCCAUUUCUCCUAAGUCCUCUCCAAUCCACUUGUGUCACUAUUUUCCCAACCUUAAAGGCACAGCGAGUAUUCUGGAAAUAAUUUCCCUUUGUAAAUUUUCCAAUCCAGUUUUCCCUCUAAAAAAUAUGUAAACAUUUUCUUCUGUGGCACUUCCACUUGUGUUAUCAAGUUCAAUGGUGACUUGUUGCAUUGUUUUCUUCCUUGUAGCAUGGAAUAAGGUUAUUUGCCCAUUAGACCCAUGCUUGGAAUUGUGCAAAUAGGAAACGUUAAUUUUGCUGAAGUUCCUGAUGCAAACUUUAUGUAUAUUUUUUUAAAAAGACCAUGGUAUGUUGCCUGCUACACUAAAUUGGUACCUGGACCUUCCUUCAGUUUCUAUGCAGUCAAUUUUUCUUUUUCAAAAUUAAGUGGCAUGAGAGUUAUUUGAAGUGGCAAAGAAAUUUCAGGUUAUAGCAGUAGAAGUGCAACAAAUCAUCCUCAUUAAUACUUCAUUUUCCUUCCACAACAAAAGGAAUAGGGUAAGGUGGUGGGUUCUGUUAUUCACCUGGAUAGUCUGCAUCAAUUUUCUGUGGUAUGGUUGUCAUUACCAGUUGGAUAUAUAUCAUGCAGGUUUCAUCAUUUCAAACUACCUUUUUGUUUUUAUCCUUAUGUUUUUUUAAGUAAAUAUGUCAAACCCAAAUGGAAGAAAUUACAUUUUUAAAGGACUUUCUUAAAGUUGCAUUCUGCAGUAUCUAACAGCAAGAACAAAGUAACUUGUAUUUCUUGCCAGUGAGGUCACACUGCUAAUAUUGCUGAUUAAACCCACUGUUACCGAUAGUGUCAACCACUUCCUCACUGGUAGGAUGUACCCGUGUUUACCAGCUUUCUUUUCACAUCGAUCUCUAAAGAUUAACCUUUAAUUUAUCAUGUGCCCAGGGCAAUCUGGAAACGUUGGCAAGCUAUGCUUCAUUCAGUGAUACAAUAUUUAUUAUGUAAAACGUAAAAUAUUGUCUACUGUGGAAAUCUGAAACACAAAAACAAAAUGUUGGAAGUAUUCAGCAGGUCAAGCAAGAUAUGUGGAGAGAGAAAAAAUUGACUUUAAGAUAAAUACAUUUUUAAAGAAUAGAACUAUAUUUAAUAUUAAAAAUAAUUUGAAUAGGAUUAUUUUUUAGAUUCUAGGGUAAAUAGCCACUAAGCUAAACAACCCUAUUUUUUUAAUAUAUAUAUCUUAAAUGUGAUACUGCAGCUUUUUGCUCAUUAUGCUAUUGUACAUACAGCACAAAUUUGUAUAAAUCAUUUUAAGCUACGGCUGUGAGCACUGAAUUAAACAGCCUAUUUUAACAUGAGUCUUGUAAAUAUAUUAAAAUAGAUAUUAUUUAUUCUUACAGUUAUUUGGUUUCUGUAUACAAACUUUAUAAGAUUUGUAAUGUCAUUGAUUUUAGCAAGGCUGGCCUGAACAUUGUUUUCUGUGAAUGGUUUUGUAAAUAUCUUUUCGACAAUCCUUUUGCUCCUUUCCUUUUAAAACUUCAGCUAAGAGUGGGUUAAAAAUGCCCUUUGGAAUAUAAUUUUUGUAUUAAUGACAAUGUUAUGUGUUACAAAGAAAAUCUAAACCAUUAUUAAACAUUGCUGCCUCAA